AGUUGGAAACGCACUCGCCAAUACUCUGUAAAGCCUUGUACGGUAUGUCACAGCAGUGAGUAAAAUACCAAGGGCUGUGAUAAGGGAAUCAGUCACCGUUCACGAAGCUGCAGCUGAUAUAGAAAACUUUUGUGUUGUUGGAUGAUACCAAAUCGCUGAGGACGCAAGAGAAUGACACGCCGCCUGUGUACCGCUGCUUUCUUGAUGCUCAUGCUGUUGGCAGCUUGCAAUGCCCACCAAAAGAGGUCAAACAUCAGGAGGCAGGGUAAUCUCAAGAAACACCCGACACUGUUAACCAGCAAGACAGCGAAACAUGUCAACUUGGGCAGAGCAGCUCUGGUAGGCAGCAGGAGGACAAAGAGCGGAGCAUCAAGCAGUCCAGAACUAGUGACCCUCAAGGCGAUCAAAGUGGCCACAUUCUACUUCGCAAACGACACGGAGGAGCAACAGCUGAAGGACAGCGGCGCCUACGACAGCAAAUCGGUGUUGCCGUAUGACGUAACAGCGGACGCAGAGAGCCGCAGCCGACUGUUCGUAACGACACCGCCGGUGAGGCGCGGCAUACCGGCCUCCCUGAGCACUGUGCCGUACGACGAGGCUGCCGACGCCCCCCUGACACCGUACCCCAGUCUGGAGCUUCACCGCACCACGGAGGACUCCAUCACCGACUGCCACUCGCAACUGGUGUCCGUCAUCCCCACCGCGAAAACAUGGAUGGAUGACGACACGCUGUACGCCCUUGACAGUGGCGUUCUGGACAUCACUACAAGUCCUAAUCAUGUCUGUCCACCCAAAAUUGUGGCUUUCAAUCUGCUAACCGAUGAGGUUAAAAGUACGACAGUUAUCGAGAAUUCUGCAUGUAACUCACUGUACACAGUAAUUGUGGUGGAGGAGUGUCCAGCCGGCAGUCUGGUGGCCUACAGCGCCGACUCGCUGGGCUUCCGUCUGACAGUUACCGACCUCGUCAACGGAGACUCCAAACACCUCCAGAGUCAGUACUUCUACCCCAAGCCCGGAUUCCUCUUCACUAAGGCGGGUGGACCGUCUGUUUUCCUCCCGUAUGGACUGUGCGGCAUGUCAGCAGAUAACAACUGCGAUGGGAAACUCUAUCUGCAGGCCUUCGCUAGCGACAUCCAGGACGUCUUGGACAAGGAGCUCAUCCACAACUCGAGCGACGGGGACGUCUUGGACACCAAAGCACAGUUGGCAUUACCUGGACGACUCUCGGGUCCCAACGGCCCGGUGGCUGUGGAUCCAACUGGCCAGCUGGUGUUCUUCCCCAUAGAAGACGACCUGGCUGUCUACUGCUGGAACACAAGCAAGGAGCACGACCCAAAGAACUUCCGUAUGAUCGCUCAAGACGACGAACGUUUACAGUAUAUAAGCAGCUUGAAGAUCGAUCGUGGCUCUCAACGAAUAUAUAUACAAAGCAAUCGGUUUACAAAGUACUUGUCCAAUGCUACCGACUAUUCUGAAGAUAACUAUUACCUUUUGUACAUUCCCAUGGACGGUUUACAAUGUUAGAUCAUCAAAUCCAGUCAACGUAUGUUUCCGGAGGGAACUAAAAGACAAAUAUUUCCUGUAUUCGCAAAUUUAUGUAUCAAUUGCAAAAUGUAACACAGAUACAGCUGCAUGAAAUUUAUAUCUGUAUCAUUUGCUUUAGCAACUCACUCAUUGAAAAUCUAACACUUAAAUCUUUCCUUCGCUCAAUACACGGACUCUUACACGCGAAUAGAAGAUGUCUUUUGGUAUCUUGUCUGUAUACAAAUUUCAUAAUACAAAUAAUCGCAAACAAAUAUCUUCUGCGACCUAACGAUGUAGUUUCUUGGUGCAUAGCGCCAAUGAGACAAAUUAAAUUUUCAUCGAACACAUGGUUAAGCGAAAUCUCGUCACAUUAGUUAGUAUUUAAGAACCAGAGAGUACAAACUUCGAGCAGAUUAUUCCAUUAAUUUAAAGCUUCAUAAGUCACCUUCUGCAUCGGACUACGUUCAAGGGCACGAUAUAGUUCUUGUUCUAAGUGAGUAAUUCAUGUAUCAUUUUGUUUAACCAGGAGGCGUAACUCAUAGUUUUCUUCAGAUGACAGAGCUCUUAUUGGCCAGACAAAAAAAGAGAGAACCGUGUACGAAGAACUAAAAUAUGUUUUAGGGAACGUUAUUAAUUUUUUUCUCCAAACGCACUUUCAAGCCUUGAGGAGAACGAUAGGAACUUGACUGACUUGGUUUGUUAAUGUGGUGUGUCUCGGUAGCUAACAGAAACUGGGCAGUCUUCCACUAUAAAGGCCCAAAGUUUCCUUUUCCAGCCAUCCUGAAAUUUUUUCUGUCGAUCAUCGCCUUUUAAUAAAGAUAGGUGGACGUGCAUAAUGUCGAUUUUCAUCGUGGUUUGCAGUCUCCUUAAAACGUGCAUCCCCUAAUAAUUGGCUAGGUGAGAAAGUUCGGAGGUCGGAGGAACUCAUAGGUAUGGUACCUGGAUUACGAGAACGUCACUGCGACUAGUGAUGGACAAACGACUGCUUUUAACAAUCAAAGAUUGACCAUUCAUUUGUUUUUCGUUUAUUAGUUUUCUUUCUCAAAACUUGUCUCUGCAGUCAUAUAAGCUGCAUGAAUGUAUUUCCACUCUCUCUCCUGGUUUGAUAUGUUUCACGUGGGACAACCGACUGACACAAGUCUCUUACGGUUACCUCAGCUACAUGCAUGCCUUCACUCAAGCUCUGGACGGGAGUAAUUUUACUUACACACUGGUUCAGCGUUUUCGGUCAUGCAUGAAACAAGACUAGGGUCGGCAGUUUUUUAGAGAUAACUACCGUAUCUCAUUUCAAGGAGAAAUUAACAAAAGAAUAUUUCUCAAAUUAAAAAGUUUUCAAAAUAUAUGUAUUUAUUUACCUAAAAAUAUAUUUCUGGCGAUCAGUAUGAAUUUCUGGUUGCUUUUGAAAAUUUUAUAGCUGGAUCUAUAUUGUA